AUGCUCGAGGACACUGACAUCCUGGCCUUCCUUAAGUGAGAUCCACAUGUGUGUGUGAGUCUGUGUCUGUGGUCGAAUGAUCAUUCGUCUGUGUGCCUCUCUUGUCUGUCCCCCUGAUCAAAUAAUCAGGAGCAGCCCGGCUCAGUGUGCGUUGAAGCAGGAGACGUCCUUCUGGCUGUCGGUCAUGGGCGGCAAGGACAACGCCUUCCACCUCCUCAACCUCUCACGCCUACCCACCCCCUCCCCCCUCCCCUCUCCCCUCCCAUGCGACGAAGACCAAAGCCCCUGGGGCAGCGGCACCACACGCACGCGAGACCCUUCCACCAUCACAUCGCCCUACCCCUCUGUGGACGGCCCACGACUGCUCAGCUGCCUGCAUGCCCUGGUGCACGACCGCAUUCGCAAGCUGGUCUACCAUCAGCUGUCGGCGGCCAUCAAGCGCUCCCCGCUCUUUCUGCACGACAUGCUCGCCCACAUCCACCAGGCUGACGCGGUCGAGGCUGACGGCCCCCACCACCAGACGGAUCAGCCGCAGGAGGGUGGGUCAUCGCCCCCUGCCCAAUCACGAGAGGGGUACGCCACGGAGAGCGAGGGAGAGGAUGAUGAGGGCGAAGGAGAGGGAGAGGGGGAGGGAGUGGAGGUGCGCCGGUGGUCUGUGUUCGUGACCCCGACCUCAGUGGCCAAGUCGCCGUCGUCAUCGUCAGGGUCCCCCGCCAACUCGCUCAAGCGCAACGAGUCGUCCUCUUCGUCAACAGGUGGCAGCCGCGGCACCGAGCGCCACAUCAGCAGUGGCUCAGGCAGCCACAGCAGCAUCGAUGAAGGCGAGGUAGACGUCGCCGUCGACCACCACCAGCAGCACCAGCAGACGAGGCGCACGAGCAUCCCGGUGUGCGCUGAGCGGCGCUUUAGCAUUGGGGAGGGUGCCGAGGGGUCAGUGGUAGCCAUCCAUGGCCGGUAUGUGGCGGUGCGGCGAGAUCGGCGUGAUGUGUUGGAGGUGCUGGAGGUGGGCGGGGCCGACGGGGGGCGGGUGGUAGCGAGCUUCGAGUUCCACGCCGAUCGGUACCGUCUGGACCAAAAGGAGAUCAUCAAUGAGCCCGACAGACGGUGAGCGUGGAGCAAAGAAACCAUCCAUCUCACGUGAUGUUUCGACAUCUCUUUUUACCUGCCUGCCGGCCUGUGUGUGUGUGUGCAGGGGUUUGAUUAAGAAGUGGUUGUUUCCGUCGCGUCGUUCGUUGUUGGUUGUGACCAAGUUCUUUGGUGUGUAUGUGUAUGACAUCUCCACGGGCCGCGAGCUGUGCGUCAAAGACGACGAACGGCUGCAGAGCGCGCCGCCUGCCAGAGGGUAGGCAAUUGAGCGCACCGCGUGCCUUUCUUUCGAUGUGUGAGCUUUCAUGUGUGUGUGUACGUGUGUGUGAUGGUCAGUUCGUAUGAGAUGGAGGGCAACAGUGUGUGGGGCGACGCGUUGCGCCGCGUGGAGCUCACUGCGUGUGAUAUCGCCUGCACUAACUUCGUCACAGCGGGUAAGCGCGUGGGGCAAUCCUCAGACAUCGAUCGAGAGAAGUGUGUCGAGUGUUCGUGGAUGGAUUGAUGUUUGUUCAGGUGCUGACGGCACUCUGCGUUUCCAGAAGUUUUCGGACGACCACCACCACCUCACUCACCUUUGCUCAGGUACACACACUCACUGAGACAAACACAUCCACAUAUAUCGACCAGUCGUCGCCCCUUCCUUCUCUCUGUAUCUGUGUGUCGCAUGUCUGUCUCUCUCAUUACAGUUGAUUUGGGUGUGCAGCCGCUGUGUGACGACUACACCUGGAGCCUCGUGGGCCACACAGUGGUCCCGGACCUGUCCAUCUCAUCCGCCGGACGACUCGUGUGCGUACUCAUACACCAACUCUACAAAGAGGUAAGAACACAGCAGGGACCACCAAACACGACAAAACUCGGAUUGGCUCGCUUCGCUUAGGUGCGCAUCUACCACUGGGGUAGCUUCAAGGAGGUGCGUCGACUGCGGCUCGACUGCGAGGCGUCCCUGGCUCGUAUGGACCCGUCGGGCCGCCUGCUGCUCGUCACGGACGCCCUGUCGCAGCCCCUACCCGCCACCAAAGUCCUCGCCAUCAAGUCGGGAAGGAUAAUGGCAGAAGUCAACUAUAGGUAGGUAUCUGACCGUGACCACACCACACCGCUGCAACCAUGCCAUGUCUGUGUGUCUGCUCUGCGUGUGUUUGGAUUUCCAUCUCAUCCAGGCUGUUUUCUCCGUGUUUCUCCCCGUGUGGUCGGUUCCUCAUCGCCGGCUGCCCCACGAGCGACCGAGGCACGCCACUACUCGUGGCUAAAGACCCCCCGUAGGCCGCAUGGCAUGACAGAGAGUCGUGUCUAUGUCCGUCUGUCUGUCUGUCUGUCUGUGUCGUGUGCUGGCCUGUGUGCCGUCCGUCCCGCCAGGUCAUGGCGGCUGUCGAAGGGUGCCAAGAAGGCCCCGCCCGCCAGACCAAAGGACUUCAGACACACCAAAGUCACACUAUACGCCCUGCCAUCCCUACAAGUGAGAGGACAAAAGGAUCUCGAGAGACAGGGAAGGCCAAUGGCAUGGCAUGGCGGCAUCCAUCUGUGGUUCUUGUUUGCCGACCGACGUGUCUGUCAGUUUCUGGGCACAUUGUCUGAGUAUGACGGCUCAUACGGCCUCAAAAGCAGUUGCCGCCUUGGAUCAGGCGACCUGUGUCUCCUCAGCCGCACAGCAGACGCCACACUCAUCGUCGCGGCAGGCAGACAGCCGUCACAUCCUCCCCCAUGCCCAGCAUCCAUCCCACCUUCCCCACCGCAGAAUGAUGCAUCAGAAUCGCCUGGAGGAGAAGAGCCGGCAGCGGACAACAGUGGCGACAAGGACGACGAGCAGCAGCAGCAGCAGCGGCAGCAGCAGCAGGAGGCGUCUGCUUCCGCUGAUCUGGACUCUCCUGUGCUGGGUCGCCGCGACAGCGUGACCUCCCAGGCAUCGUCCUCGGCCACCACUGUGGCGCCGAGUGCCGUGGUGACGUACAUCUACGCGCUGGACCACGAGGAGCUCGUCAAGGCCACCGAUCCAGAGAUGAUGUGCCUGAGCGUCUUUGCCCGUCGGCGGGAGAGUGCCGAGGAUGCGACGGGCGACAUCCCCAGUGCGGCGUCAUCGCCGAUGCGGCCCUCAUCUCCGGCGCUCGACGUGGCGACUCCGCCCGUGCCGCUCCUCGACUCGCUCGGCGUGAGCAUCACUCUGUCCCCCCAGCUGAGCCAAGCCGUCUCCCAUACGGCCAGCCAGGCAUCUGCAUCGUCCUCAGGGCGGCGAGCCAGACAGAGGCGACGGUCGUCCCAGGCCGACACGGCAGAGCUGGAGCUGAUGGGUGAUCUGCUCGCGGUGGACGACAGCCCCGCGUCGGCCCCAUCGCGCAAGGGCGGCAAGGCCAAGCGCGUCAAGAGCCGCAGCGGGCAGUCCAAUCCCUCCAGCCCCAGCAGCCCCAACAUCACGCCAAUGGACCACAACACAUCCAUCCUCUCUCCCCUGUCCCCGGCCAGCCCGGCCACUGCCGCGCUCGAGGUGAUUGGUGAGCACGAGCCGCCCGACCUGGACCUCGGCAGCUCGUACGCCAUGGUGGGGAUUGGGGACCAAGACAGCGACAGCUCGUCCAAGAACGGCAAGAGGAGCAAGAAGAAGGGAGCCAGGGAGGCGAGGAAGAACAAGUGAAAAUGGGAUGGAUGGCUCUCCCUUUUUCUGCUCUCGCCAACGCGCCAUUUUGUUGCUUGCUCGGGCGACGUUGUGCGGCGGGCGGGAGGGAGGGGUUGCAGAGUGUUUGGUCUCUAUCGCUGUGUGGUGUUAUGUGGCUGCUGCGUGGUCGUUCUCGCUGGUAUUGGGCUCCUCUGUCUGCUCUGCACCUGUGGUUGGCUUAAGACGGGAGGGUCGGAGGGUCGUUGUCCUGUCCAUGCAUGGCAUCGAAUGGACCUGACGGGACAGUGGGCAGCGAGCGAUGGAUGGACACAGACAGACACACACACACACACAGACAGACAGACAGACAUACAUAUGUUUCGACCGACAAGACAACGGUUCACUCGGCAACGGAUUUGAUUUGAUUGACUGAUAGAUCAUGGCAGUUGAUGGAUGUUGAUUGAACAAAAG